AUGAAGUCGACUGGCCUGUUCUUCCACCAGCUUCUGCUGUUCCUUCUCUCUUCCUCGCUUACUCUGCUUGCCCCAUUAUCAGCCACAUGGAUGCGCUGCUGGCGAUGUCAGGCAUCAACAAGGUACUGUCUUCCUCCUGAAACAGCCGGCGAUUCCACCCAAACAGGUUUUGUUACGCCUGGUCGAGGACUGCCACCCGAAGUUAACGCUGGGGCUGAUAUAUACACUUCUGCGGGCUCUAUACUGUCACUCACAGACAUAGAUACAGAACGUGUCCGUGCCUAUGAAGGGCCAGGAGGAAGCGAGGAUAACGGAGAACACAUUCUCUCUCUUCACCCGCAGUUCCGGUACGACUGA